AGCCCAAAGGGGCUGGUGGCCACCACCUAGCUUGGUAUCUUGCCUCCUAUCAAAAUGUCACAUUUAAGUGGUUUGCUUCAAAAAAUUCAGGUGGGUGUGUUGUGCAUCCGUUUGGUCCGGUGGUGGUUUAGUUUCCUUCGGAUUAUUCCUGAGCCUCCUUAGGUCCGCCCCCUCCCCCUUAGAGUAGAAUAGAUUAGGUUAUACAAUAGUUGUCGUGUCUGAAAAAAAAUAAGAAUAAAAGAAUAGUGGAGAGGUCAGAAAUAAAUUUCUAGUAACUAGGACUGUGGCAGUAGUAGUUGUAAAUGCAAGGUUUGAAGCUGUGUGGAAUCAAUGAUGCCAUUUCUGCCAGAUAACAAAACCAACGACCCUUGGAUCAUCAUUCUUCUACUGAAAAGGCUAUCCACUGCUUCUCUUUCUUCCCACUAGCAAAGUGAGCUCAACAAGCCUGGCUGCUGCUUGGCUACUGUCCGUUCAAUCUCCAGAGAAAAUUAUUUACAUAUGUACAAGUGAUCAGGCAGUUGAUAUGUGUCUAUUGCUGGUUCAUACUCAAAGCUUCUACUUAUCUUCUGUUUAUUCUUUCCCUGAUAACACCACUCACUUCUUGUUUCCUUGAAGUUUAAGGGCUUAUUCAAUUUCUCUUGCUUUUGUCAUAAAAAAAAUGGGGAUUUUUGAGGAAAAUGUAUCCGGGCUCAAAGUCCUGGAUUGUGCUCUAAGGUUGUUUCUUGUUCCUUUUAGCAUUGCAGCUAUCUGGUUAACCCUCACCAACCACCAAGACAACAGCAGCUAUGGGGAAUUGGUCUCUAGCUACUUCAUGGGGCUCAAGUACAUGGUUUACAUCAGCGCAGUAUCAGCUGGAUAUGCUCUUUUAGCUGCUGUUUCUUUGUGGGUCAGAUGUUUGGUUGGUAAAGCAUGGAUCUUCUUUGUAUCUGAUCAGGUGGUUGCAUACUUGAUGGUUACAGCGAUGGCUGCACUGGGGGAAAUUCUAUAUUUGGCAUAUAACGGUGACCAGAAGGUUACAUGGAGCGAAGCUUGUACUUCUUAUGGAAGGUUUUGCCACAGAAUGAAGCUGAUUUUGGGAUUCCAUGUUGUAGCCCUGUGGUGUUUUCUCCUCUUAGCUGUUAUUUCAGCUUAUAGGCUCUUCAGCAGAUUUGGUCCUCCUACCCUUUCUUCUAAAGAGUCUGAGGAAGAACGAACCUGAAAUCUUUUCUUUUUCUGGGUUCCAUCUCUUUUUGUUGUGUACAACUGUAGAUCAUGUCUUCUUGCCUUGUGAUCCAUAAACAAUCAAGCCAUGAUUAUCCCUCAAUUGAAUACCGGUAGGUAUUUUUGCUGGUGGAAUAGGAAAAUGGGAAAAUUACAUAGCCACUCUCUCGGCGACUGAUUUUCUGUUUAUCUCACCUCUUAUAUAUAUACGAAUGAGAAAUGCAUCCAAAGCGGACCAAA